CCCAUCUCCGACUCUGCUCUGAGCUAUAACGGGGGGCGCUUCAAUCGAUCGCCGUCGGGUCUCAUAUCCCUCUCUUUCCAAACAUCAUCAUUGUGCUGCCUCGGGGCCUGCCCGCCCUUUCGGAUCGGCUCAUCGUCACGAUUUUUGUUGUUUGGUUUGCCUUGUAAUUUCCUGGGCGUGUCGUCGCCUCCGACCCUUUGUCGCCCAGCCUCCUCCCGUUGACGGGUUGCACGUCGAACCUCAAUUCGUUCGAGCCGUCGCAACAACGUCCAUCACCUUUCGAACGACAUCUCAAUAGAACAAGACCGGGUCGACCCACGUCGGUGUCUUUAGUCUUUGUCGGAUUUUUAUUGUCUCGUUCUCCGUAAUCAGGACCUGGUCGCAGUUCCCACCGCCGCCCUUUGCGCGAUCAUCGUCGAACAACCAUCGACGUAGACCCGCAACAGACGGCGCGCGCCGAGUACUCAUCCAUCCCAAAACACAAUGGCCAACCAUCACCCGUCGCCGACCAUGGCCAUGCAGGGACAACAGCAUGGCCCUCCUGGCCCUCCUCCGCCGCCGGGGAUGCAGCAAGGCCAGAACUAUGCGCCUUCGCGCCAGAUCCUCCUGAUGAACGAGGCCGUCUGGAUGCAGAUCGGUAGCUUCGCCGAGCUUCUCGGCAACCUCGAGGAGGCCAUGAAGGCCUACGACCGGGCCCUGCAGGCGAACCCGCAGUCCGUGGCGGCAAUGAAUGCCAUCAGCUUGAUCUUGCGCACCCGCGAAGAGUUCCACAAGGCCGUCGACUACCUGCAGGCGAUUCUCAAGAUCGACAACACCAAUGGCGAGGCUUGGGGCAGCUUGGGCCACUGCUAUCUCAUGAUGGACGACCUGCAGCAGGCCUACGCCGCCUACCAGUCUGCCUUGGUCAACUUGCGGAGCCCAAGGGAGCCCAAGCUGUGGUACGGCAUAGGCAUCCUUUAUGACAGAUACGGCUCUCUGGAGCACGCCGAAGAGGCCUUCUCGCAGGUGAUGCAGAUGCAGCCCGACUUUGAAAAGGCCAACGAAAUUUACUUCCGUCUCGGCAUCAUAUACAAGCAACAGCAAAAGUACGGCCAAAGUCUCGAGUGCUUCAAGUACAUUGUCAACUCCCCGCCUCCUCCCCUGACGGAAGAGGACAUUUGGUUCCAGAUCGGCCAUGUCCACGAACAGCAGAAGGACUACGACAGCGCCAAGGCUGCCUACCAAAGAGUUCUCGAACGCGACCCGAGCCACGCAAAGGUCUUGCAGCAGCUCGGCUGGCUUCACCACCAACAAAGCAGUAGCUUCCAAAGCCAGGAGCGGGCUAUUGAGUUUUUGGAGAAGUCGGUGGCCGCCGACCAAGGCGACGCCCAAAGCUGGUACCUGCUUGGUCGCUGCUACAUGUCCCAGCAGAAGUACCCCAAGGCCUACGAGGCGUACCAGCAGGCCGUCUAUCGCGAUGGGAGAAACCCGACGUUCUGGUGCUCCAUUGGCGUGCUAUACUACCAGAUCAACCAGUACCGCGAUGCUCUCGACGCUUAUUCCCGUGCCAUUCGGCUCAACCCCUUCAUCUCCGAAGUCUGGUAUGACCUGGGCACGCUGUACGAGUCUUGCAACAACCAAAUCAGCGACGCGCUUGACGCUUACCAGCGAGCCGCGGAGCUUGACCCGCAGAACCCUCACAUCAAAGCGCGUCUGCAGCUGCUGAGGAACGGCGGCGCCAACGGAGGGCAACCCCCCAGCGCUCCUCAGCCUGCCGAUGUUCACCCUCAAGCAUAUCAAGUUGGUCCCCCGGCACCCCAGUGGGGAAGCUCUGCUCCGCAGUCCCAGCAGCAGGGCGGACAGCAGCCACCGCCACCACCCGGUCCCGGCGGUCCUGGCAGCAACGGCUGGGGUAGACUCGCGGACAUCAACCCCCCUCCGCAGCCCCCCAACCCUUACGAGCAGCGCGGUGAGCCAUUCCGCGGGCCUGCUCCUCCUAUGCCGCGCCAGCCUAGCCCCAGGCAGGAGCAACAGCAGCAGCAGCAGCAACAACAACAACAGCAGCAGCAGCAGCAGCAACAACAGCAGCAGCAGCAACAGCAGCAUGGUGGCCGGCCGCCCUACCCGGAGUCGAUCCGUCGGAUGCCCAGCCCGCCGUCGCAUUACUCCGGGCAGCCGCAGCCUCCUCAGCAACCUCAGGGUGCUCCCACCUCGGCGCCGCGCACCAUAAACCCCAACUACUCUCAGCAGUCUUCUGCUCAAAUGCCGCCGAUGAAUGCGGGGCCCAACGGCCCUCCCAGCCAGCCGCCGCAGUUCCGCGGCACCAACAGCCCUCGACCUGGCGAAAGGCCCAUGCAUGACAACCGCAUGCCCUCUCCCAAGUCGGCAUACCCCCAACAUCCGCCGCCGCCGCCGCCGCCGCCGUACAGUCAUCACCCUGACGGCCCCACCCCCGGCCCCAUGGAGGCUGGUGCCCCGCCACCGCCCCCUCCCGGCGCGAUUGCCGCAGACCCUGCAGCGCAGCGCAACGAACAUGACCGUCCCGCCUCCGUGGGCCCGAAGCGCAUGCGCGAGUGGGAGGAGGAGUCGUCUCACAAGCGUCCGGCCAACGACGAGAACCGGGCUCGACUGGAUGACGUCCGCCCUCGGCGGCCGUCGACCCCCCCGGGUCCUCGGGACCAGUACCGCCGCAACUCGUCUGAGGCCCGCCGCUUCGAGGACCAGCGCCGUGCCGAAGAUCAGCGUCGCGCGGAGGACCAGAGGAGGGCGGACGACAUGCGCAGAGGCGAGGACCAGCGCCAUGCCAACGACGGGUACCACCCCUCGGAGGCGGCGCACCACCCGCCCAGCCACCCAAUGCCCUCCAACCACCUCCCGCCGAUGCAAUCGGCCGCUGCGCCAAUGCAGAGUCUUCUCCACGACGGCGCGCAGAACGGUCCCGGGCCAGCCCCCGGGCCGGCCCCUGGCGUCAAGGAGUACCCUGCCGAGGAACGGCCCCCGAUCGAGCAUACCCCAGCCCCCCGGCCUCCUCAGUCGAACGAGCCGGAACGCGCGGCACGGAAGAUGGAUGUUGAUGAAGACUACGAUGACAGCGGAGAGGAUGAAAAGAAGGGCGCCGUCGCCACGGCCAACGGCUCCGGCCCCGCCGCGGCAUCGGGGGAGACCAAGACGCCGACGAGCGCAAGCAUCAAUGGGUUGAUGGGGCCGACCCCCAAGGUUGAGUCGGCUUGACGAAGCAGUGGCACUCGGAUGUGUGGUUUUCUUUGUAUGCGUAUCCCGUGUUCUCCUUUCGUGUAUACCAUUUCGUUCUCCAAACUCGUCCCGUCUCAAGAACUCUUUCGUUGGACAUGUGUGUCAGGCAGAUUAGGUAGCUUAUGAAGAAAAGGCCAGUGUGGCGCUUUGUGCUGAGGGUGGCUAGAUUUCGAAAUUUGAUCAACUACUGGAAGGCUGUGUUUUGUGACAGAUGCGUGCUUUAACGCUGCCAGAGGCCCAUGGCCGCAACGAGGUGCUCUUCUCGCCAAU